CCAUAAAGAAAACUUAAGAAAUUUGGACAUUCCAAAUGUGUGGAGUUUCUCUGAAUAUUUCAAAGUUGCCAUUUUGUUUGAUGACGUCACGAUUUGAGGCCUCCAGAAAAAGGUGCUGUUUCCCUUCAUUGUGUUCAAUUGUGUAAAUUGUAGUAUCCAGUAGGACCUACAUGGACCUGCAGGAAGGACUGCUUAGAUAGUCUCAAAAUAUUAAACAGGUUUGAUUGCUAAUCAAAAAUUGUUAAACAACUACAAAUUGUCUUUACAUCGUACCAGAAUUAUGGAUCGUGCCCACAUUAAAUGUGGAAAGAAAGUGGCAGAUUCUAUUUCAACAGCUAAAAAUUUUCGAGCUUCUUCAACUUCUGUUUCUACUUUAGCAACUAAAUUCUCUCCAUUGUAUGUGUCUUCCGCUUAUUCUUCUUCCUCUUCGGUAUCUUCUUUUUCUUCUUCCUGUCCUUCGAUCUCGGAAUUUCGCUCUAAAUUCAAUAGAUAUGAAGAAGAUUAUCAUAAUGCAAUGCCCUCAUAUUUAACCACAGGAAGCAAGAAAACAAAAACUCUUGGCAAAAAGGAACCGAGGAGUGAAGACAUAAAUAGGAAAGAAUACAGGGCAUUACACAGUUACAAAGAUAAGGAUACAAAAAUGCAAAAAGAAGAUGAAAUACAUACGAAAGAAGAAGGUAAGGAAAAAAAUCCAUGGUGCAGGAUGAUAUGGGAUAAGUUGAUGAAGAAAGACAAAGAAUCGAAAAACGAACAGAAGAAGAAAUCAUAUAAUCCAACGAAACCUAUUUCGACUUUUGCAUCUUCGGGUACAGGACGAGUUACUUGUAAUAGAGAUCUUGUUGAGGACGGUUCUAAACUUUUUCAAGUUGUGUGGAGAUGUUCAACAUGCACUUCACUCAAUCAUUCAUCACUUCCAACUUGCGAGGAGUGCGGCAUGAUUAGGGCUCCAGAAAGAUCCGAAUGGAUGAAAAGGGGAAUAAAGUAUGAUAAACAUUCUUAAAUAAUUGAAAACAUUUAUUCCAAUUUUUCAAAUUUGAAUACUUUUGAAGGAUAAAAGCCUUCUUUUAAAAUGUGAUACAAUAAAAAUAGGUGAUCUCAAAUUCUCUGCGGAUUUCAGAGACUUUCAUUUUAUAGAAAUAGAACAAUUGUUAUUUAAUGCAUUGAAAGAUUAAAGUAAAUUCAACUUUUAAGUUUCAUAACUGAUUUAGUGAACAUUAAACAAUGUACAUGUGUCGACGUGAUUCCACAUUAGUGAUUUUUAAAUAUAGAUUUAUGCUAGCAGUAUGAAUAAAAUAUAUUUUUUUUACAUUCAAAAUAUUAUUAAGUUUAAUAGCAGACCUUAUAGAAUGUGAUUAAUAAAUCAACUUAUUAUGUUAAAUAAUUCUUUUGUUCAGUAUAGAAAACAAAUUACACUACAAUAAUGAAGCUGAUUAAAUGUAUGUCAUGAAACUUUCAAAGAAUUCUUUUUACUUUUUUCGAAUAAAACUAACACGAAAAUGUAAACAGCAUUAAAUUUGAAUAAAAUAAAGAUAAUAUAUCAAUUUUUACGA